CCCGCCCAGCACACCCGACGUCAUAGGAACCCGACAAGCCCGACACCACCAUCCCCGUAAUCCGGUAGUGUACGCUGAGAUGUUCAUCGCUUUCGUCUUUUCAGGCAAGCAACCUGAUAGUUACUCCGUAACGUUAUCCCCUUGUCGAUUCUGAUUAAUUAUCAUCCCCUUGCUGCCUACCGUGACUCAUCAGAUCGUUGACAGGGGACAAGACCCCCAAGGCCAGAGAGCGAUAGGCCCCACUUUUGUACCACUCGGAGCCUGUGAGACGGCGCUGCUGCCUUCAACUCACGGCUGUACAUACAUACCACUUUAACGCGUCGCAUGACCUCGCGACUUCCCGCGCUGUCUGUCACCCAAUAUCUCGGGUAUAAACUGCGGGGAUCCGUCACCUGUAUUGGAAAGCUUUGGCCCGGAAAACUUCGACCGGGACAACCCUCGCCGCAAGUCUCGGGUGGAGCAACGAUGGUACGGACAACACGGUCGUCGGCGCGGCAAGAGUACCGGCCCGAGAGCUCAUGGCGUGUGGUGGAGGGCGGCGAGAACGACAGUUUCGACACAUCCGUCUUGCACGAUGACGAGGAUUUGAUUACUUCGAGCGGCUCGCAGGCGACCGGCUCACAGUCAUUCAGCAUGAACGGGUCUCAACCGUGGAGCAUCGGCGGAUCCCAGGACGACAGCAUCGAGAACUUCCUGAGCAAGGCCGAGGAGGACGAGCAGGUCUUGUUGCGGUCGCCGUUCCGCCCGUCCGUCCCCAAGGAGGUGCGGGACAGCUCCAGAGAAAACCUGGGGCAUCGGUCGCCCGAGCCCGAGUUCUACAUGCCCCGGGUCGACGUCGAGAGCCCCAGGAGGGCGAGCACGUGGUCAUCAGCAACCGUCAGAGCAGCGGCCCCGCCGUCGUCUCCGCUAGAACUCAGGCGACGCCAGGGGCGGGCCUCGGGGAGCCCGGAGAAGGAACGGCGCGCCAGAGAGGGCGAACAAACGUCCACGGCGCCAGCUGCCGGGGUGUCGACGACGCUGCCGGCGGUUAUCAUCAACGCUCUCAGCUGGGCAUUCGGAGUCCUUGGGCUCGCCUUACGCUAUGCGCAGAAGCCGUUGGCGGUCCUGGUGUCGUUGUAUAUCACGCUCGGCGGCGUCAUUGUGCUGCAGAACAUGGCCACCAAGUCUCUCUACACAUCGCUCUCCCCGAUCUGCCGCAUUCCGGGGGUGUCAUGGAUGGACCUGCCGUUCUGUCCGGAUCUCAAGCCGACGCGGGAGGACGGGGAGGGACACAAACAACCAGUCGAGUUUGACAAGCUGAUGGACGUCCAAGGGCAGUUUGAGCGCGUGGCCGAGAUGACGGCGGAGCGGGUGUCGCUGCCCAUGGAGAUGAAGCGCUCCGAGGCGUCGAUCCGCGACCUGCGCUCCGUGGUCCGCCACAGCAACCUCAUAAACAAGGAAGAGCUCGUGCUCGAGUUUGACGGCUUCAUCGACCGCUCCCAGAUGGCCACCAGCGUCCUACAGAGAUUCAACACCCGAGUUACCUCGACAGUCGACUGGCUGAUCAUGAUGAACCGGUGGACGGCGCGGAACCUGGAACCGUUCGACCUCAACGGCGGCCACCCCGACGACCACGGCGGCCUCCUCGGCGCGUGGAUGAGCUGGCUCUUCAGCCCGUUCCAGCCGACCCUCCUGUCGGAGCGGUACCUCCUGGACCGCUACGUCGAGCACACGGCGCUGGUGUCGGACAAGAUCGCGGGCUUGAUCCUCGAGGCGCGGUCGAUCCUCCACACGUUAGCCAGGGCCGAGGAGCACCUGGACAACAUCUACAGCUUCGUCACGCGGACGCAGCGGACGGUGCAGAGCCGCAGGGACGACGUACUCUGGACGCUGUGGACGCUGGUGGGCGGCAACAGGCGGCGGCUGGACAGCCUGGACGGCCAGCUGACGCUGCUCAAGCAGGUCGACGCGCAGCGGUCGGACGCCGUCCGGCAGGUCAGCGAGCUCAUCGUGGAGCUCGAGAAGAUCCAGGCCGGGCUGGGCGACCUGAGGGAGCGGGUCGGCCUGGUCAGGGAGCGGGACGAGGUGCCGCUGAGCGUGCACAUCGACUCGAUCAACCGGGGCGUGGAGAGGCUGGAGGCGGCGAGGGCCCGGAUCCAGGCCGUCGAGGAGGAUCGGAUGAGGGAGGUCUUGGCGAGGGGCAAGGUAGAAGAGAAGCUGAUUGAUGCUUAAUAGGCGACGAGGCGACGGGGCCACGUACGGGGCAGAAAGCAUUUGGAAGGCGUUGGGUUUACAAGAUACCUUUUUGGAUACGGACACGGCUUUGGUGGUCUUCAACUCGGGCAACUGGUUUAUCACAUAUUUCCUUUUCUUUCCCUCUCUGUCCAUGUAUGCACAGUACAUGAACAUACAAGCACAUACACAAACGUAUAGUUUGCACAAGUUUGGGCCCUCCCUCUGUGAAGGCCGGGGGAGAAAGGGAGGGGCCAAUCCUACAUUGGAGGGUGACCUGGGAACACAGUACCAGCAUAGGCAGUCCAAACUGGAAUGACAACCUCUCUUCUAAAAUCAGGGCGCCUUUUUGUUAUCUUGCAGGUGGGCCUGAUGCGUUAAC